CGUAAAUAGUUCACACGAAAAAGCACCAGGAACCACGAAUCCCACAUGCAACCUUUAGCUAGUAAUGUAAACAAAGCGUGAGCUCCGUCUCCUCAUCGUAUGUGACGUAUUUUUCGUAUUUUUCGUUUCGCAACACAUGUAAGUGUUAACUACCAUUUUCAGUCUCUUUGGAGAAAUCCCCCCUUUAAUUGAUUGGGACAGUUGCUAUGGUUACACUGUUUGCCUCAAGCUCCCUGGGCAACCGCGUGUACACGGGCACACACAAGUCUUCGUGUCGUCGCGUUUUAAACCUCCAUCCUUAAACGUCUCCUGUAGCUGGUUGAACAGGCGGUGCAGCUACUUGGAGAUGGUGCAGCUGCAUGUGAAGCGUGGAGAUGAGAGCCAGUUUCUCUUCAACACCACCGUGGACUCGCCUCUGGAGACGGUGAUCCAGCAGGUUACAGCCAUUCACAACGGGAGACUGAAGGUGGAGAGGAUCUGUGCAGAGAUCCCCGAGCUGGCAGACCAUGGCAUCACACUGCCACCCAACAUGCAGGGGCUGACGGAGGAGCAGAUUGUGGAGCUGAAACUUAAGGAUGAAUGGGAGGACAAGUGUGUGCCCAGCGGAGGGCCGGUAUUUAAGCAGGAUGAGGUCGGGAGGAGGAACGGACACGCUCCAAAUGAUAAAAUGAAAGAGGUGUUGAUGAGAACCGUUGAGGAGGCAAAGGCCCUGAUCUCCAAAAAACAAGUUCAAGCAAAUGUUUGUGUCACCAUGGAGAUGGUAAAGGAAGCCCUGGAUCCGCUGAGGGGUGCAGUCAUGAUCGUGUACCCCAUGGGGCUGCCUCCUCAUGACCCUAUCAGGAUGGAGUUUGAGGACCAGGAAGACCUUUCAGGAACACAGGCGUCUCUGCAGGUGAUCACAGAGGACGAGUGCCAGCUGUGGUGGGCUGCCAAAGAGAUGCAGAGGGGGAAAAAACUGCAGGACUACAUUGGCAAAAAUGAAAAGACGAAGCUUGUGGUCAAAAUCCAAAAGAAAGGGCAGGGGGCGCCAGCGAGAGAGCCUCUGAUCACCGAUGAGCAGCAGAAACAGAUGAUGAUGCAUCAAUACAGGAGGCAGGAGGAGCUCAAGAAACUGGAGGAGGCAGACGAUGACAGCUACCUGGACUCAGAGUGGACAGACAGACAGGCCCUCAGAAAACAGUUUCAAGGCCUCUCCAACAUCAAAUGGGGACCGAGAUAAACUACUCUACCGCUAAGCCACCCGGUACUUUACAGCUCUAUAUGCAACUUACCAAGAAGCCUUAUUAUCAAAAUCCUGGAAUCAGUUUAAUAUGACUGUUGUUCAACGUCUUUCAGAGAAAAUUAUACACAGCGUUCAAAUGUGUUUCUAGACUUACAUCCAUAUAUUUUCUUCAACUGAACUGAAAUGUGAAGAAGACAUCUGGAGACAUUGUAUGACAGAUGGAGGCUGAUUUCAUUAUAUACCUGAUUUAUUUAAGCCUAAAUCUGAUCCCUGUAUUUCUUAACCCGAUGUGUUCAACCUGUUGUAAAAGUUACAUUUUUAUUGAAACUGUGCAAACAGAAUUAUAUUAAAAUUAAAUCUUAUUAA